GCACCACUCACAAUUUUCCUUUUACAAUUACUGAAUGAAAAGUUCAUAAUAAUUGAGAUUUUAACAAUUCUGUAAUGUGUUCUAAGAGGUGAAAAGUUUCGAACUGAAGAAACCAUGGAAGCUAAAGCGGUUCACAGCUUUCACUUGUCGACCAUGGUGGUCGGAGACAAGCUCGGAAGAACAGGACCAAGCAGUUCUCUGAGAAUGUCUAGUGGUUUUGUGAAGCCGAAGAAGUUUCAGGGUUUUGUUUCGCAUAGGUUGUCAUUAUUGCAAAGGAGUCAGCAAAGAACGGUUCCUGUUGUGGUUGCAUGUUCCUCGUACAACAAUAUUCCAGCUUCUAUAUUGGAAACUGGGAGCUUUCGUGGUCCUCUUGAUGAAGAAAUGAUUUUGAAGAGUAAAUCACAAGAGAUCGAGCCAUAUUUAAAUGGACGUUGUAUAUAUCUUGUUGGAAUGAUGGGAUCUGGGAAGACAACUGUGGGGAAGAUUUUAUCAGAAGUGCUUUCUUAUUCCUUUUUCGACAGUGAUGCAUUGAUCGAGGAGGAGGUUGAUAAAACUUCUGUAGCUGAUAUAUUCAAGAACUAUGGGGAGGCUUUUUUCCGUAAUAAGGAGACAGAGAUACUGAAGAAGCUGUCAAUGAUGCGAAGAUAUGUUAUUUCAACUGGUGGAGGUGCUGUUGUGAAGCCCAUCAAUUGGAAAUAUAUGCAUAAGGGGAUUAGUGUUUGGUUGGAUGUACCUGUAGAAGCCUUGGCUCGGAGAAUAACAAAAGUAGGAACUAAUUCUCGCCCUCUUCUACAUUAUGAAGCUGGAGAUGCAUAUACAAAGACUUUCAUGCGUUUGUCUUCUCUUUUUGAAGAAAGAAGCGAAGCAUAUGCCAAUGCCAAUGCCAGGGUCUCCUUGGAAAAUAUAGCAGCAAAACUGGACCAAAAAGAUGCGUCGCAUUUAUCUCCAAAGACUAUUGCAAUCGAGGCACUAGAACAAAUCAAUGGGUUUCUAAAGGGUGAAGAUGGCUGUUAAGUAUGAUGCAAGCACAAACAAAGACACAACCAUGUAGUGUUUAUAUUAUUUUCAAAUUGCAAUAAGCAUGGGAAUGUGAUGUAUCUUUUUUGUUCCCAGAAAAAUAAGAUGUAAUAAUCUACGUGGUCUAUCGUUAGCUUUUAUGCAAUUUGUGUCAGCAAUAAUUUGGCAUGAAAUAGCAAAUAUUAAUGUUUUUUUGUUCAGUGUAUUAUACAGGCAGAUCAGGAUGUUUGCUGUAAUUGGAUUUAGAUAUGUAUGCCUUUAAAGAGGUCUGUUUUGGUGGAUAGUGACCCUUACUUUCUAUAUAUUUUUUUUUAUCUUA